AUGGAGAUCUGGAAUGCCACUAAUGAGCCUGGCUUCGUCCUCCUGGGUCUGGCAGAUUCUGCAGAGACACAGCUGGGCCUCUUCCUGCUCUUCCUCCUCAUCUACCUGGUCACGGUGCUGGGGAACGCAGGGAUGAUCCUGCUCAUUCGCCUAGACUGCCAGCUGCACACCCCCAUGUACUUUUUCCUCACUCACCUGUCCUUCCUCGACCUCAGCUACUCCAGUGUCAUUACCCCAAAAGCCUUACAGGACUUAGUGUCUUCCACCAAGACCAUCUCAUUUGCAGGCUGCUUCACUCAGCUGUACUUUUUUGUAGUCUUUGCUGCUGCCGAGUGCUUUCUUCUUUCUUCAAUGGCCUAUGACCGCUAUGUGGCUAUCUGCAAACCUCUACGCUAUCCAAUAGUGAUGUCCCCAAGACUGUGCCGGGCCCUGCUAGCUGGUUCCUACGUCCCUGGUCUUGUGGAUUCCACUGUGAAUGUGAUUUUCAUGAGCAGACUGCAUUUCUGCAACUCGAAAGUCAUCCAUCACUUUUUCUGUGACUCAUCCCCAAUUUUAGCCCUGUCCUGCAGUGAUAUCUCUAAAGUUGAGCUCAUUAUAUUCAUUUGUGCUGGAUCCAACUUACUGCUGUCCCUCAUCACCAUCUCUGGAUCCUACGUGUCCAUCCUCUCCACUAUCCUGCGAAUUCACUCCACUGCAGGAAAGCGAAAAGCCUUCUCCACCUGUACCUCCCACCUCCUGGGUGUCUCUCUUUUUUACAGCACUCUCAUUUUUACUUACCUCAAGCCGAAGCAGUCCUACUCCCUGGGCAAGGAUCAGGUGGCUUCUGUGUUUUAUACCAUUGUGAUCCCCAUGCUGAAUCCCCUCAUCUACAGCCUCAGGAACAGAGAGGUGAAGAGUGCUGUCCUGAGAGUUCUGCGGAAGAAAGGUGCUCCAGGCCAUAAGAGCAACAGUGAGCAAAGACAUUGA